AUGGAUUUUGCUGCCAUCCCGCUGAAGAGGACUGUGGAAAUUGAUGUUGCUGCUGGGGUUGCCUUGCUGAUAGAUGCUACUGCGGUGCAAAGUUCGAAGCAGUUUGAGGGGGACCUGCACACUGUUCAGUCUUUGCGGGAGACUGUUCGGAACCCGGAUGUCUCCUUGGAGGCGGUGCGGGAUCACGUUCGGUACUACAAGUGUCUGGACCAAUUGAUGGAGAAGUUCCCAGGAGAUCAGGUCAAGUUCACGUGGUUCCAGACUUUCUCGAAUAAAUCGAUCCCCUCCGCGCAGAGCUCCUUCCGGUGGGAGCAAUUGAACGUCCUGUACAACAUCGCAUCUUUGUACACGCUGCUGGCGUUGGAUCUGAAUGGGGUGGACGAGGGGAGUGUCGCAUUGCAAUGCAAGUACUUCCAAAUGAGUGCCAUUAUAUGGAUGCAUUUAAUCGAGGUGAGCGAAGGCGGUACUGGUUCGGAAAGCAAAGACCUGACACGCGGGGAUGCACCCGUUGCAGAUGUAGCGACUUUGAAAGCUUUCAGACUGUUGAUGCUGGCACAGGCUAUGGUUUGCUUUUGGAGGAAAACACUUUUCACUGGGAAAAUCAACGAUAGGACCGUGGCGAGACUGGCUUCUCAGAUACACUCGUUCUACGACCAGUGUGAAACGCACGCUGAAAAGAGUAUACUGAUCUUGUCCGACUGGAUCAAACAUAUCCAUGACAAGGCCGUUUAUUUCAAAGCGGUUACUCUGUACAGAAUGGGUAAGGAUUACCACACCCAGGAGCAGUACGGUGUAGAGAUCGCGUGCUACAAUCAGGUUUUCAAAAUGUUGUCUGCGCCGACAUCGCUAAAUGUGGACACGUUUCUGGGUGAUGUAUCGGCCAGUUUUAAGGAUGUGAAGAGAGAUAACGAUUUCAUCUACCAUCAGGAGGUACCAGCACAGGCACCAGUAUUGGUCUCACCUUUAAACAUGAUCAAGACUGAUACUCCCAUGUGGGAAGCACUAUGUAAGAUUGUUGAUGUGGGCGUUGUCCCAGCUCUGUUUGAAGAUUUGUUACCCCUUGAGAUAAUUGAGGCAUCGACGGUUUUCAAGGAAAGACAAGUCAAGUACGUUCAAGAGAACUUAAUUGCCCCCUUAGACGCACUGACCAAAAUACUAAAUGCUGCAUUGGAGGAAAACGAUACAUCGGGCAUAAACUUGCUCCGUUCAAUUGAUGGGGACGAGGUCAAGCAAGUGGAGAGCAGCAUGUCGAACUUGCUGAAAACCCAGAAGAAUGUUGCGAGUAAACUUCAGGAAUCUGAGAGCAUGCUAGUGCAGGAAGCUGAACUGGAUAGCAAUUAUAGGAAACAAUACGGCUCUCUGCGCUGGACGUUACCGGAGUCGUCUAUUGUGAACAAACCUUACCAUGACAAACUGUCCUUACUGAAAUCGUAUUUGGAGAAGGGGAUACAAGUGGAUUUACAAAACUCAGAGACUUUCAAAAGCAUUGAUAUAUCAUUGAUUACUUCCGAGGAUCCACGAAUGUCCCCCGGGGGUAGCCCUUUACUAGAUGAGAUUGCAACCGUGUUAAAGAAAAGAGCAGGUAAGAAACUUGAAGUCGAGGAAAAGGCUUGGCACCUCCCGUUAUUACCUCAAUUGAUAGAUAGGUAUAAAAGGGAUAAGUCUACGGACAAUUUUGAAACAGUCUAUUUGAACCACUUGCAACAGGCCUUCAUUGCUGAUUUGAAGUUUUUGGACAACGAGAAGAAAUUGAAUAACGAAUUGGUCACAAAGUUACAAGUAGAGGGCACGGAUAACGGUAUUGUGAAGAGACUGGAUCCACGGCAGCUGUACGUGGAAGACUUCAACUACUCAUCACAACUGUUCAACGAGGUGAAAACGAACACGGUGGAGGGGUCCAAUUUUUACGAAGACUUGAUCAAAUUACUGGACACAUUCUACAAUGAGGUGUACGAGUUUGUCAAUUCUCGUAAAAUGGAAGCACAACGUAUGAGCGAGAAGCUCCUGUCCACCUCGUGA